UCAGCUCCGGCAUAGCAGCUCUUCCAGGUCAACUGUUCGCUGGAUUAGGACGCCCCACGGCAGCAGUACAACGUUUUCUUAGUUAGUGCCAUCUUGUUCGGACUUCAUGUCUUAAAGCACUAUAUUUAAUGUUUGACGUAUGUCGUGAAAUGGUGCAACAAUGUUAAAGACGGAGAAGGUGGUGGUCCUGAGGAACUCCCGCAGAGGGCAUGUCCGCGUCGUCCGGGAACUUUACCUCAGGGAACAAGUGCCGUGUUUCAGCUCUCUGUGCCAGGGCCACUGCUCCAACGAGGGCAAGGUUCUGCCAGGAGACAUAACCCACUAUGUGGUCCCGGAUGCUGGUGUGGUGCGGGACUUCCUGGAAGUUCUGGAGUUCCAAGAGCUGCGGGGCAUAGUUUUUACCCAGACCGCAUGCCAGGUGGUCCAGCACACCCGUGGACGCAGACAGUACAAUCGACUGAAAAGCCUGCUGAAGGACCCUCGCCAUGACUGCGUGCUCUUCUGCAAUGAAUUCCAGCUCUACUCAUACUGUCCGCGAGAGAAGGGCGAGACCCAGGAGAAAUGGCACACCAGGUGUGUGUACCGUGCAGCAGUGUGGUACCAUGACCACCUGGCAGGCCUGAAGCCUGUUGUCAUGAUCACAGAGGACCAACAUGCAGUGGCAGAGUACAACAGGCUGACCAGUGGAGUUUAUGUCAUCUCUACACAGGAGUACUUGCAGAGUUUCUGGCCAGACCUUCAGGCAGCCCAGGAGCUAUACAUCUCCAUUGCCCAGGUGCUCCAGGAGAGGGAGAGCGAGGGGCAAGAGCGCGAGUAUGCCGAGCACCUCCCUGCUGAGGUCCUAGAGGCGGGGAUCAAAUCGGGCAGGUACAUCAAGGGAACUUUGAAAGUGAAUAAACACCGAGCCCAGCAGGAGGCCUUUGUCCAGGCUGACAGCUCCACGAAGAACACGGAGUUGAGCAGUGAUGUGCUGGUGUGGGGUAUGAAGCAGAGGAAUCGUGCAGUGCAUGGUGACUUGGUGGUGGUAGAGCUGCUGCCACGUGGUGAGUGGAAGGGGAGGACCAUAGCAUUGACUGAAGCUGAAACAGGGGUGGAAGAACGAACGGGAGAGGAGCAAAGCCAGCCCAUGCCGACAGGUAGAGUUGUGGGAAUCCUGCAGAGGAAUUGGCGCGAUUACGUCGUGACUUUUCCUCCAUGGGAGGAAGUGCAAUCACAGAGCCGCAACUCCCAGCGCAUCCUGGUUAUACCAUGGGACCGCCGCAUUCCAAAGAUCCGCAUCAGCACCCAGCAGGCUGAGGCCCUGCAGGAACACAGGGUGAUUGUGCGUUUGGAUUCCUGGGAUAGCACAUCUCUGUAUCCCAAUGGCCAUUGUGUAAAGGUUCUGGGAAAGUCUGGGGAGCUGGAGACAGAGAUUCAGACCAUUCUGAUGGAGAACAGUAUCCAUGUUCUGCCUUUCUCUGAGGCUCAGCUGCGAGAAAUGCUGCUGAAUUCGAAGGAAAACCUAUGGACAGUAGAGGCUGGCGAGGUAGCAGAACGGCGGGACCUGAGAACCACUCACCUGGUGUUCAGCAUCGACCCACAGGGGUGUGAAGAUGUGGAUGACGCACUGUCUGUGCGCAUACUGCCUGAAGGAGUUCGGCUGGAGCUGGGUGUCCAUAUCGCUGAUGUCACCCAUUUUGUAAGGGCAGGGUCACUUACAGACCUAGAGGCCCGUUCCAGGGCCACCACAUACUACUUGGCUGACCGGCGCUAUGACAUGUUGCCUGCUGUGCUAAGUGCUGACCUGUGCUCCUUGCUGGGGAACGUGGACAGGUAUGCAAUGAGUGUACUUUGGGAGCUGGAUGCCAAAUCAUUGGCCGUCUGCAAGGUGUGGUUUGGCCGCACGUUGAUUCGUUCCUCUUAUCAGUUGUGUUACGAGUUGGCCCAGAGUCUGCUGAACAACGAGUCUGUGGAGGUUCCUGAGUUGGCCCAGCUGGGGGAAGUAGACAAAAAAAAGAGGCUGAAGGAGCUGAAGACAGCCCUGGAGCAGCUUACCAAGGUGGCCCGGUAUCUGCGGACCCAACGAGAUCGAGGGGGUGCCCUUGAGCUUGAAGGAGUCGAGGUCCGGGCGCAGCUGGAUGCCGAGAAGAACAUCACAGCCCUGGUGCCUAAGCAGCCCCUGGAGAUCCACGAGACGGUAGCUGAGUGCAUGAUCUAUGCCAACCACUGGGUAGCACGCAAGAUCCAGGAAACCUUCCCCCAGCAGGCUCUGCUGCGACACCACCCACCUCCCUGCCAGGAGCACUUUUCUCAGUUGAUGGACAGUGCCAAAGCACGGGGCUUUGACAUUGAUUCUUGCUCCAACAAAGCACUGGCAGAUUCGUUGGACCGGGCUGUGGAUCCGCACGACCCUCUCGUGAACCGGCUGCUUCGAAUGAUGGCUACACAGGCAAUGUCCAAUGCACAGUACUUCUCCACCGGUUCCUGUCCACUGGAGCAGUACUACCACUAUGGUCUGGCUCUGAAGCACUAUACACACUUCACCUCACCGAUCCGGCGCUAUGCUGACAUCAUUGUGCAUCGCCUGCUUACUGCUGCUAUCAAACUUGACAAAGGCAUGGAGCCAAAUGAGACUCUGGCUUCUAACAAGGAGCUGGAGGAGAUAGCCCAGCAUAUCAACAACAAGAACCGGGCAGCUCAGCAAGCUCAAAAACAGUCCAUAGAAUUAUUCCAGUGCCUGUAUUUCAAAGACAAGGAUCCCCUAACAGACCAACGCUGUGUAGCAGAAGCUAUCAUCUAUGCUAUGCGAGCCAAUGGCAUUCUGGUUUUCAUUCCUCGGUAUGGGAUGAAAGGCCCGGUGUAUCUAAAGAACCGUGAGAACCAGGUGGUGAGCUUGAGGAAUGACGGGAGUUGUGAGUGGCAGGCUGGUAUGCUGCAGAGAUACCCAGAUCGGAUCUGCACCAUCACCUCCAAUGGCAUACAUGCAUUCAGCCUAUUUGAUCACAUCACUGUGCGGAUCUCGGUGCAGGCGUUACGCUGCCAUCCAGACAGCCUGUGCCUAGAAGUCAUCAGCGACCGGCUCCAGGAGGUGGCCAAAUUGGAAAGCCUGGCGGCAGGGAAAGGCAGGUUGGAGCUGGUGCAGGAGGUGGUUCGCCAGGCAGAGGCGGCCUCCCAGCAGGUAGAAGAGCAGGAGAGGGUGCCCCAGCUUUCUAAGGAGGAGAGGGAAUACCAGCAGAGCAAAGGGCCCAACCUGUACUGCCUUCUGCAGGAGGUCAGAGAGCUGGCACUGCUGGACCUGUCUGUCUGUCAGGGCCUUGGUCUGGGAUUACAGGCUUGUAUUAAAUCUGUCUGACUUCUCUUCGUUCACCUGCUUAAAUCUAUGCGAAACCCCCAUCGCUCAAAAACUUGCACCUGGCUGCCUCCUGUUUUUUCAUAUGAAUCCUGCUGCAUACAAAUUUCCUGGGUUGGUGUUUGAGGAGUUCAGAAAUUUGCAAAAAUCUGAGCGCUUUGGUUUGCGUUGUUUUUACACAGUAUUGACUAAACUUGCCUUUUCUCAGGGUAUCAGGUUCUACACUGAACUGAAUGUGCAGCUGACUUUUAAAUUUCUGUAAUGUGCCCUGAACUUUCCAAUUUUGUGGGGAAGGUACAUGUAAUUUUUAAAGUGUCUAAAGAAAGUUUCAAAUUAAUAGAAAACACUGGCAGCUGUAAAAAUAAAUUAUCCUGCCUUAAAAGUAUUCACUGUCUGCAUCUGUUUAUUUGUAAUCCAUAACAUUCCUUGUGUUUACACUUUGAUUUAGGAAUAUAAUAAAUUGAUGUAGUCACUCCCAAACAACAUUAAAUAUGAAAUUUGAAGAACAGAAGGAUGAAACAUUAAGGUGGGGGCUUUGCUGUAAAACAGAAGAAACAAGUGCGCUUCUGUAAUCUGAGGAUUGAGAAACAAGCAACCAAAAUAUUAACUGAGGCUGCAAACCACACCAAGAGUACAACUCUUCACUGGACUAGCCAAUACCCUUUUCCUUGCAGAGGAAAGCAUCCCCCAGGCGGUACACACUCAAGAAAGGUUGCCAAAAGAAGGGGAAAAAGGCUUUGUGGGAAACAAAGUAAAUGAGCCCUACCAAUAAAUGCUUUUAUAACUCCUCCCCUCUGUUUUAUCUCCCAAAAUAGAAUAUUUAUGCAUUUAUUCAUUCAUUCAAGUUUGAAGGGCAGGAGUACA